CCACCUCUUCUGCAGCACACUGCUUGUUCUCUCCUAAAAGAAGAAGAUCCCCAGCAGCAAGCGGGUCACUUUGGUCCCGAGCCACCGUUCUCGUGCGAUGCGAUUCGUUCGCGCGGGGUCCAGUCAGAAGAAGGAACAAGUCUAUCGGAGAUGAUGGAUUACUCCAAGGGGCAAAUGUCUAGUUUAUCUGAGGAGGGCAGCUCCACAAGGAGCCCCCAGUCCAGCCCUGCCGGCCUGAAGCUGGAAGCGUUGAUGGAGCACCUCCAGCGACAGCAAGAAGCCAAACAGGACAUGAACCUCCAGGAGAAACACCUUCUACAAGCUCAGCUCCUCUUUUCUCAACAUGCUGCUGCUGCUGCUGCUGCGGCUGCAGCGGCGGCUGCGAGGGCCCAGCCGGGUUCCAGGCCCGACCUGUUCGCCAAAGCGGAUGGAUUCAGUCAGCACCUUUUGAACAGAGUUAAUGCCGGGGAAGAGGAGGAGGAGGAGGAGGAUGGUGAGGAUGAUGAUGAUGAUGAUGAUGAUGACUCUGAGGAGGAGGAGGAGGAGGAGGACGCGGAGGAGAGCGGGCCUCAUCAGCAGGCCAAAAAGCCUCAACUGCAGCUGGUUCCGGGCCUCCCAUCCAACCCUUACCCCGGGCUACAAUCGGCAGCCAGCAAGUCGUCUCCUCCUCCUCCUGUAGCCAUAAAACAGGAGAAGGAGGUGCCGUCUCCCGUCGGCCCGCCUUCCUUCACGUCGGCCAACGGCUUUGCCGACUGGGCCUACGAUGAGCCUCUAAAACAAAGAGCGCCCAUCUGGGCCGAGGAGAAUGAAGGAGGAAGAGGAAGAGCAGAACCAUCCAGGGACUUUGCAAAGCUUUACGAACUAGACGGCGACCCCCAGCGCAAGGAAUUUCUCGACGAUCUUUUCGUCUUCAUGCAAAAGCGAGGGACGCCUGUGAAUCGUAUCCCCAUUAUGGCCAAACAGGUGCUCGACCUGUACAAACUGUAUAAGCUUGUGACAGACAAGGGAGGCCUGGUGGAAGUCAUCAACAAGAAGAUUUGGAGGGAGAUCACCAGAGGUCUCAACCUCCCCACGUCCAUAACCAGUGCAGCUUUCACUCUCCGCACGCAGUAUAUGAAGUACCUGUACCCUUUUGAGUGCGAAAAGAAGGGUCUGAGUUCUCCAGGGGAGCUGCAGGCAGCCAUAGACAGUAACCGCAGAGAAGGUCGGCGUCCCAGCUACACCAACAGCCUGUACCGCUACUCGCCCUCUCCAAACUCCGCUCCACACAAUCUCCUCUCCUCACCAACGAUGCAGACCCCCACCUCUGGAUACAACACUUCCAGUCAGUCAAUCAGCCCAAAUGUAAAGAAAAAUCCAGAGGAGGCCUCAAGUCUGGUGAUACCCAGCCGGCUGCCCAUGGCACUGGCACUGGGGCAGCAGCAGCAACAACAACAACAGCAUUAUCAGCAGCAGCAAUUGGCCCAAGCUGCCACUCUGGAGCAUCUCCGAGAGAGGCUGGAGCGCGGAGCAGGGGGCGCUGUUGCCGACGGCCCGGAGAAAAAAAUGAUGCGUCUGGCGGAGGAGCAGCAGCGCCUCGUGCAACAGGCGCUCCAACAAAACCUCCUGGCAAUGGCAUCGCACUUCAACCCUCUGAACCUCAAGCUCAACAAUGGUCACGAGAGCAAACAGGAUUUGUCCCUGAGUAUCUCGACUAAUGGCGCUGCCAGUAUUAGUGUGUCUGUGGAGGUCAAUGGCACCAUGUACUCGGGAACACUGUUUGCUCAGAAGUCCGGCGCUCCAGUGGUAUCGCAGGCUGUAACUCCAGCAGGAACGAGCGGUUUCAGUGCCUUCUCCUCUCACAGCCCCUCAUCUUCAUCCUCCAACUCAUCAAAGGGACCAAAUUAAAGCUCACAUUUUUUUUUUUUUUUUUUUGUUUUUUUUAAGCUCCAUUCUUACCAACACCAUACAUUAUAGUAGCUCUCUUGUCAGGGAAGAACUGUUUGAAAUAUUAGGUCUAAUUUCUUGUUUGUUCAGUCCGUCAGCACUGGAUGCUUUUCAUGUAACGUUUGCUGUUAGUUUGCGUUAAUAUUGUCAAACGUGGUGGCCUCAGACAGCUUCUAAUUGUAACUUGUUAAUCUUAGUUCCUGGUGUAAGCUUGUUUUGAAUCGUAGUGAUGUUGACAUGUUUAAGUGUCUUUAGUGCUGAGAGAGAGAGCGAAUCAUUGCUGUUUUUGCGACAUCUUACAGUAGAGCUAGUUUAUAAUCCUGUUCUGUUGCCAAAGUGAAUGAAGACCAAAAAAAGCCUUAGCUCAGUGUCCUAGUUCUGUUUUGUGAGCCUUCGAUAUGAUUUAACCCUACCGACGGCUGGUUACUGCGAGUAGAGUUUUCAUGGCAGUCUUCAGGGAGAUUUGUACACACACUUUCAAGGUACCGCGGGACCUUUUUAUUUAGAGGGAUUUUUUUAGGCACAUUUACUGGUUGGAGUUUUUAUUUGUAUUUUCUUUUCUUUAUUUAAUUACUGUAGUUCUGCCUUGAACAUAUCUGCUGGGAGUGGUUCGUGUAGAACAGAUGCCAUACUUACCUCAUUUGAAAAUUUCUGAAACUCGGGAAUGUCCACUGGACCCAUAACUGUGCUGUGAUGUAUUUUUUGUAUGGGCGACGAAUGUAUCAUUACUGACCUCGCGUUGGACUGAACCAUUGCUACCUCAAUGCUUGAGAGAAAUAUGCAAUUGUUAAAGCAGCAAGAGCUGAUGUAGCCAUCUGCUGACAUGUACUGUAAGUGGACAAUCAAGUAAAAUUGCAAACAAAAUGUUACUGAGAACUUGAAGUGUAAACACCAAGGCCUUGUUUUGCUCUUUGACAACAUAUUUGUUGGACGUACGGUCAUGUGGAAUAAAAUAAUCGUGUGCUGUC